CUGUUUUUCAGCACUGAAAUGUUUAACAAAUAAAAUUUUGCCUUGCACCAAAAACAGCAACUGUUUGUAAAACAGCAAAAAUUAUUUAUUAAAUUUAUUAAAACCAACUCCAAAAUGGCAGCAAAAGUAGCGAGCGGCACGAACAAAGUGUUCCAGAACCAUGACGAUGUGCACAUCUCCUUCGAGGACCAGCAGCGGAUCAACCGCUUCGCCAAGCACAAUGCCCGCAUGGAUGACUUCAAGGCGGAGCUGGAGAUGAAGCGCAAUGAGCUCAAGAGCGUGGAGGAGGCGCUGGAGGAGAUUGAGCUCUUCGACGAGGACGAGGACAUACCGUUCCUGGUGGGCGAGGUGUUCCUCUCGCACAAGCUGGAGAAAACACAGGAUCUGCUGAAGGAGACCAAGGAGCAGGUGCUCAAGGAGAUUGCCGGCGUGGAGGCCAAGGCGAAGGUUAUCAAGGCGGAAAUGGACGAGCUGAAGGCCCAUCUGUACCAGCGGUUCGGAAGCAACAUCUCACUGGAGAGCGAUGAUUAAAACAUUGUGCAUUUAACAUUUUACAAAAUAGAGUACAUCUAAUUUAAACUCAA